AUGGACGGUCUCCCUCCGCCGCCUCCGCCACCGUUUGUUAUCGUCGAUCCCCUGCCGCUGGCGGUUGAUCCGAACAACUUCCCACCGCCCGCCUCCUCCUCCUCUUCGAUAUCUUUGGGCUCGACGCUUCUCAUCAUCACAGCCGUCCUCGGCUUCAGUUUCGUCGUUUGCCUCUUCAUCCGCCUCGGCCUCCGCCUCCGACGCUCUUCUGCCCUGGUCGCCCCCGCUCCUGUCCUCUCUCGCACCGAUCCAUCCGAUUCCGUCCCCGAGGAGCUAACCAACAAGAACAACAACAACUCGGCGCCGAUCGUCUCCCGCCUCUCUCUCCUGGAGCUCAGCUCCUCCCUCGCCGCGCACUCCAAAUCCUCUCCUGACUGUGCUGUCUGUCUCCACUCCUUCCUCCCUGACGAGCAUAUCCGCCGCCUUCCCACCUGCAGCCACGCCUUUCACGCGGAAUGCGUCGACACAUGGAUCCGGAACUCCCCGUCCUGCCCUCUCUGCCGCGCCCCUGUCGCAUCUCCUCCGCUUCCGCCACCUUCGACAGCUGCGCGUCACGUCAAAAUGACGACCAGAGGAAGCCAAGGGGGAAGCUCAGUGCGAGGCGGAUCGAGGAACUUAUCUCUCCCCCCUCUUCUGGCUUCGCCACCCCGCCGCCGCUUCUACUCGACCGGAUCGUCUAUCGCUAACCUGAUGGAAGAGGAUGUGGAGGCGGCAAUGGAGCGAAUCUGGGAGCAAUCGGACUACGAAGCUUCGACCUCCGCCUACAGGGGGCCAUCUCCGCAGAGAAAUGAGAUCUGGGCGGCCAUGGGUAGCGGGGGUAGGAGGGGGAGUCUGAUGGAUUCCAUGGACCUCUCGUCCCUGUCCCCAUCCUUCCGGUCUGCGGCGUCGUCAUUCCGGCACUCCAUCCCGUCGACCGACCAAGACCAAGAGGAAGCCUCCGGCGGCGAAGGGGGCCAGAUUUCACCCGGAAUUGGGAGGCGGAGGAGGACCUCCUCUCAGCCGUGUACCAGUGGAUCAUAG